AUGACGGAAGAGGUGGACUACGAGAGCGACACGGCUAUGGCCGUGGAAGAGGAGGACGAAGAGCCGAAGCCUUCAGUCCAGCGCCCAGAGACCAAGCGUAUCGUCAAGGGUCGUGGAUCAGGCGCAGCGGCCAUGGACGUCCGUCGAUACCCUGCCCAGAGCGGCGUCUUUGAGACCUUCCAGGCACCCCCUCCAGUCGCUCUAGCAACCCGGGACCACGCCAAUGCCCUGCGGUCUGUGGAAGGCUGGCUCGUAUUCGUCACGGGGGUGCACGAAGAAGCUCAGGAGGACGACGUGCUGGACGUGUUUGCGGAGCACGCCCAGGUGACUGCUGUCCACUUGAACCUCGAUCGCCGGUCGGGGUUUGUCAAGGGCUAUGCGCUGGUGGCGUUCGAGCACUUUGUAGACGCCAAAGCGGCGAUCGAACGUCUGGACGGACAUGACAUGCUGGGCAGUGUGCUUCAUGUGGACUGGGCGUUCGAGAGACAGGAGGAAGAGCAGGAGGGACGACGACGACGACGGCCUCGGGGACGCAUGAAGUGA